AGUAAAAUAGUGUUUUUAUUUGCCGUUUACCUGUGAUUUAAACAUUCUGAACUUCGAAGUCAGAACCUUCCAAAAACAUUUAAACUUUGGAACGAAUCCGAGCACCAACCUUAGAUUGUACGUUUACUAAGUUUGUUCAUCCGAAAGUUUACUGCCGCAGUGUUCAAAGCCAGAAUUGCCUGAUUCAUCCAAAUCUAAGCUAUAAAACAAUAUAAUAUAAUAUGUGAUUGUGGCCAAACCUGAAAUCAUACGGUGUCAUAGUAAUAAUUAUUAUUUUUGUCUUUUAUAUAAAUUUUAGAUAUUACUGUCCGAACCACAGAUGUUUAUGGCGAUAAGGUAUAUUUAAUAUUUACUUUAGGAGUUCUUUUAUUUGGCUUUUAUUAACAUAAUACGGUGCGGGCUUAAUAAAAAUGUCGACAUCGGAUGCCAGUAGCUCGUGUUGCUUCGAGACAAUCGACCCGAUGCGAGAUGUACGUGCUGGGCUGGUACGUGAGGUGAGCGCGUUAGCGACAUGGACGGUGUCUUCAUGUAAACCCGGUUUUGGCGCAAACCAAUUAAAAGAUGAUAGUAUAGAAACAUACUGGCAGUCAAGUGGUUGUCUUCCACAUUUAGUUAAUAUUCGGUUUAAACGUAAAACUGUUGUGAGUGAUAUAUAUAUAUAUGUUGACUAUAGAAUUGAUGAAAGCUAUACACCACGUAUCAUAUCAAUUCGUGCAGGUACAAAUUAUAAUGAUUUGCGACAAGUUGAGUUAAUUGAACUGAAUGAACCAUAUAGUUGGAUAAGAAUAAAGAUCAAGAAUAUUCAUGGCUUAUCAUUGAAAACGCAUUUGUUACAAAUCGCAGUUUUAAAAAAUCAUAAAAAUGGGAAUAAUUGUCAGAUUAGACUAAUUAAAAUACAUUCACCUAUUUCCACAAAAGAUUUUCUUCUUGGCGAUUUUAGCACUGUGGAAAUGAGGCAAUAUACUACUAUAAAAUAAAGGUUUUAUUCCUAUUAAAUAUAAACCAAAAAAAUAUAUAUCAGAUUUCAUGAUAAUUAAUAUUGCAAACAUUUUCUCAUUGCAAUAAAAAAGGCUUGA